GCUGGCACAGAAGCUCAUCCACACUUUGUGAAAGCUAUCUGGAUAUCACAGAACAAAGAAGCCAUGGAAUUCCAAAUCGCAAGGAAAAAUCAAAGCCUCACCACGGCAGAGGAGAUGAGAAACCAAACUAAGAUUAUAAUGCAGCCCUACAUCAACUGGGAGGAGUACCUAACUCCUGCACCACUCUCCAUUGCCAUCAUGGCAGAACUGGCCUGUUUAUCUUCCAAAACAGAUUUCUCCAUCAACAAAAACCCACCCAAGGAUGGCUACAAGUACAUCAGAUACCCAGAUUCAUUUCGUGCCUGCCUCAUGCAAGUGUGUAACUCCGGCUGGUGGGCGUUCAAUGAGGCCCACAAGAACAUGGAUCAGAUCAGACUCCACACAAUCGCCGUUCCAAAUUACAUGAAGAAUGCUGUUAAGAUUCUGUUCCAAGGCAGCAGUGAGGUUGUUCAAGCUCAUCUCCCUGACCAGCUAGAGAACAUCCGUUCCAUUGCAGACCACUGCCUCGAGCUGGCCAAUGCAACAGAAAUGCGGUUUGCUGAAGUCAUCAAUAUUAUCCAAGAACUGCUGGAAGUGUGUCUAAAAGCCAGGAAUCUUUACGGAGAGGAGUUGGAUGCAAUCAUGAAGAAACUAGAUGAGAGUAAAUUGAGAGAGGAGUCAUCCAAAGAAGCUGUUACACGCUCUCAGAAGGCAGUCAAAGCUCUGGACGAAGAAAUGAAGGAAGCACAUAAAACUUACAACAAAGCAAUGAAUAGCCUCCCCGGUGGAUGGGAAAUGAUGGCUAUGGAUUUUUUUGGAACGGUGACCGACGGCCUGACGGGUAUAUUUCAAGGACUCUCGGCUCUGAUGACUCACCCGGUAAGCCGAAUGUGUAAAGCUACGACGGAAAUCGCUGACACAAUUAGCCACAUUAAAGGUGGUGAAGACUCGGCUGCUGAUCCCGUGGAUGAAAUUAACAUCUAUAGCAAGUCUGCAGAAAUACUGAAAUGCACAGAGAUUAUUGAGCAGUUUGUGCAGGAGGACAAGAUCGACUGGGAAGGCUUGUACGAUCAAAAAAACAACGCUACAAUAACAGAUUUCCCAGCAAUACAGUUCAAACGAAUUAUGAGCAAUUUGGAAAAAAUCCCAAAAUGCCAAUCGAAGGCUUAUGCCCAAAAUAUAUGCGGAGAGGGCAUCAAGAUCUGUAAAGAACUAGCAAAAUACGCACCGGAUGGGAAAUGUGAAGAAGCCAAGACUGCGGCGUUGAUCGGGAGAAUCCGAGAAUUGACCCAGUCGGCUGGCCGAUUUGACAGCAAAAGCAAAGACGUGACAAAGUCUCCUUCCCUGACUCCCAAACCACCAAUGAUGUUCAAGGAAGAAAGUAAAAUGGAGAGGACGAGCGCUUCGCAAAGGGCAUCGAAGAACGCCAGGUUCCGCAUAGAACAGAGCCGUGCUCAGAUGAACAAGACCAGAGAGCUCUAUGACAAGAGUGUAGAGAACAUGGAGAAGAACCAAAAGGAGCUGACUGACAUCCUGGUCACCAUGAGAAACUGUCAAGUCAAAGAGAUCGACUUCAACACCACCAUACAAAUGCUGGUCAAAGGUCUGGAUGCCAUGGGAAAAGUGAAGAAACAGUGGGAGAAGAUGGUGCACUUUUUUCAAAUGGUGUCCAACAUUGUAAAAACCAGCCUGAACAGAACUCUCAAAGAUUUCGCCACCGCCUCCGAGAAGACACACACACUCUCUUACAACGAGAAGCUUUUCUGCAAAGACCUGCUCUACAAUCAAGUCUUUCAGGCCACCAACAUCACCAACCUGGUCCACAUGAUCUCAAGCACCUACACCGAGGUGUCCGGACAAUACCUCAUGGACAGCGUCAGCUCUCUGGGAAUGCUUUUGUCCAUGGAUGUGGAAAGUCCAGAGUUUCUGCACAAGCGUAUACAGAUGCGGGACUCCUGUGACAUGGCUCAGAAAGGCAUCUUAUGCCUUGUGCUCAAGAAUAAGAAUGAGUUUGAAAGGGAGACCAAUUCAAGACUGGAGAAUGUCAAUAAAGAGUUGCUUGCCAUUCUCCCCUCCGCCAAACCUGAAGACAUACGGUCUAUUCAAGAAGCCGUCAAAAGCGGAUUCACAGAGGAAGAAGAAUCCGAAUAUGCCUGAGAGAAAGAACUUUUCCCACCCGUCCACUAGUAUGGCAAUUAUAAUGCGGCCUAUUGUACUCGGAACUUGUAAAAACCCGACGUCCGACAGCGAACCACGCGACGAAACGGUCCUUCGAAUCAGAAUUCCAAGUCUGAACCUCGGCCGACAUACGCCUCGCCCAAAUCCUGACAAACACACCGGACGUCUAAACAACACGGUGUUGCGCAGUCGCAGUAAACUUUAGAUUUGUAGCCUAAUUUAUUAAUUUCAGCCCAAUUUCACUAACAUGAUUAGACCAUUGUGACAGAUUUAUUUAUUUUUUAGAAGCAACCAUGUUGACCUCUCUCAUAUGUCAGGUCUAAUCACGCAGAAAUCAUUCACAUACAGUAGCUCUUAUUUAAACUUUCAGCAAUUUCAGAGACUAGCCACACACAUAUUGCCUUGCUCUGGGCAUCCAUGUUUUUUCCCCACGUAGAAGCACUGGAACGGAACUGGAACUUAGGUCGGAAAAUUCGUGAAAAUCGACUUGGAGAUUUCAGCGUUCCGAGUACAAUGGAUUGCAGCAUUAACGUAGUAGUUACCUGUUAUACCCAUACAAAAAAAAAAAAAAGGUACUGUGCACUAGAGAGGCGAGAUAAGGAGAGCGAGAGACAGUACUGGUGAGGGAAUGACGGUUUGUUUAUCGUUGCUACAACACAAGUCGUAACAAGCACUAACUCGUCUCUCGGACGUUCCGCAGCGUGAAAUCCAACUAUAAACCGUUACAGAGAUAAAACAUUUGAAUCUUUAGCAAAUCGCCGUUGUACAUGCGGAAUAACACUACAGACAGCGUGUUAUAUAAAGAUAACGCAGAUCAGGGAUUGAAAUAUUAUACUUUUUGGUGUGUUCUCUUAAUAUUUACUUUAAAUAUGUUAUGUUGUUCAUGGAGAUCACUUCAGUACAGGGGUUUGCUAACUAACGAACUGGGUUUUUUUUUCCUGCACAAAACCUAAACCUUGCCAUUGAAACAUUUUGCAGUUUGAAUAUCGGUCAUAAAAUAGAACAGCCAAUCAGCUUCCAGUAUGUAAACGUCGCCCACGCCGGUCAGAGUUUUAUCAGAGGACAGUGGGUGGGGCUUGCUCGUGUAAGUGAGCCUGUACCUUUUUCACAUUAUAAUGUAUUAUUCCAUGUGUGAAACUGUUCCUAAAUAUACGUAAAGACAUAAAGUACAUGCUCUUUUAACAUAAACUGCUAUUGUUCUCUUGCAGUAAUUUGCAUGUGGUGUUGUUUAACUGAUAAUUAUUGUUAAUGGUUUAUGUGGCUUUCUUUUUCUUGAAUUUUUUUUAAUAGUAAUAAACAACAUAAAUAGUACUAUUUCUGUUGUAGGAAUUUAAAUCGACUUAAAAUUUGAAUCGAUGAAUUAAAUCGUUCCUGUUUGGG